AUGUGUGUCCACUUUUUUUCAUCAACUGCUGAGAAAAAUAUCACGCCCCAGAAUGUGUGGAGUAAAAUGAAGCAAAGAGUCGUGGCAGCCGACAUUAUGAAGAAAUAUUCAGAGCCUUGUUUGAGACCCAUCGUCCCAGGACCCACAGCAUCUGCCAAAACAUUCACCAGCGCAAAGGCUCCGCUCAUGAAGCCGAAACCUAGACCACAUACGUACGCAAAAACGUGUCUGCUGUUUGCCAGGAAUAGCAAACAUACAAAAGCAGACCCCGCGAAAGCAAUCAAGUGUUAUCAAAGGUCCAGCGCUGGAAAGUCAUUUGCUGAUGAACCCAGUGAAUUACGACCAGGACCAGUACUCGUACUUACCGUCAAUUACUUGUUCAAAAAAGUGUUGUUACGAAAAGACGUCGAUUGGUCGAUAAUUUAUGAGUUUGCCUUCGAUCGAACGAGAGGACAUUUGUUAGAGUGCAUCAAGCAGUUGCUUGUACUGUACGAUGACACUGAUUAUGCAAACGGUGCUGAGAUUGAUGACGGAAAAGAUGCAAAUGAACAAUUCAAGCACAGAUGUGAUAUUGAAGCUGUGUAUCUUCUGCUUUUUUUGGGUGAACAAUCGGCUCUUUCACGAGGAUUGUCUCUUCCUAGUUCUUUCAAAAAGUCAUCAGUUGUUCAGCAAGCAUUGCAGAUAUCUCUUGCAUGGUAUUUAAAAAAUUAUGUACAAGUAUGUCGCAAAGUAUUUCAACUGUCUCCUUUACUUGCAAUGGCUAUUUCAAACAAUCUCAGCUCUAUCAGAAGGGAUGCUGUGCAAAUAAUGAGCGCUGGAUACCAGAGCAAGAAUCUUGUUUACCCCAUUGAAAAAUUCAAAGAGAUUUUACUUUACAAUGAUGUUAAAAAAAUAUCAGAAGAUUGUAAACUUUUGGGUUUACAACUAGUUGAUAAAAAUAUUCAUUUUAAAAAUUGGUUAAGCAAAGCACCAUUAACAACUCCAGAGAGAUUAUUCAAUGAUACUCACCUUGAUGAACUUUUACCAGAUAUUAUUUUUGAGUAA